AUGGAGAAGAAUGGCCAUCUCCCUCUUCUCUUCUUCCUCCUCCUCCUCUCCAUCACAAUCAUUCCGGCCGCCGCCACCCGGCCAACAGCCAUAUACGCCUUCGGCGACUCCAUCCUCGACUCCGGCAACAACAACAAGCUCGUCACCAUCUGCCGCGCCAAUCACAAACCCUACGGAAUCGACUUCCCCGGCCAGAGCCACACCGGAAGGUUCAGCAACGGCAAGCUCCCCGGAGACAUGCUCGCCUCCGCUUUCCGCAUCAAGGACCUCUUGCCGGCCUACGCCGACUCAAGCCUCGACGUCGACGACCUCGCCACCGGCGUCAGCUUCGCGUCCGCGUGCUCCGGCCUCCACGACCUGACAGCUGCGGAGGUCGGCGUCCUCAACUUGGACAAACAGUUCAAAAAUUUUGAACAGGCGUUUGUGAAAAUGGAGGAGGAAUUCGGGCUCGAAAAGACGACGGCGACGGUGAAGAGGGCGUUGUUUGUGGUCUCGGCUGGAUCAAGUGACAUGAUUGACAAUUACUAUUUGUUGCCAACCACUAGGGCUCAGUACUCCCUACCUGCCUACCAUGACAUGCUUCUCAAAAACCUAGACACUUUUGUUAAAAAAUUGUACAAUGCUGGUGCCAAAAAUAUAGCUAUCAUUGGGCUUCCGCCGCUAGGGUGUCUACCGAUGGACACCACCGUCUUUCCACCGCCCUUGCCCUCGUCCACGCCGUCAGAGAAAAGUGGAAAUUUGACAGGUGAACUUUUCAGGCGCGAGUGCAAAGCGAAGCACAACGCGGACGCAAAGGAAUACAACGCGAAGCUCGAGGUUCGAAUAAAAAGGAUGAUGGUGGCAAUGCCAACACUCAAGGUUAUUUAUAUGGAUCUCUUCACUCCUAUGAUGGAUAUGAUUGACACGCCUAGUAAAUUUGGGUUCAAGACUACACUAAAGGGAUGUUGUGGAAGUGGUACGAAGGAGUUGGGGCCACUUUGCAAUGUAGCAUCCAUUGCAUGUAAUGCUCAUUCGGAGUAUGUAUUUUGGGAUUCAGUUAAUCCAUCAGAAGCUGCUUACAGAGCUCUUACAAACAAUUUCAAGGCCAGACCACUUCGUCGUCUAUACCCUAAUUCUGGUUAAGAAUUAUAUAAUGAUGGCUAGCUACUAGAUAAGAAUCAUUCUUAGAUUACUCCAUUUAAUAAUUUGUUUUCCAGCUAGCUUCAUUCUUUGUUAGUCUAUUCAUUUUAUACUUUAUCUUCGGGAAUGAUUCCAUUUUCCCAUCAUCAUAAUUGGUAUAACAUUCCUCAUAAAUUUGUCUUUGAGAA